GCUACAACAUGGGGAGGAUUGCUAAAGAAGUGUCCGGACAGACCCUAUGCUUCAUUGGUUUUGUUGGCAUAUGCAUCUGUUGUGGCAUUCCCAUGUGGCGUGUCACUUCCUACAUUGGUGCCAACAUUGUUACAGGUCAGAUCGUCUGGGACGGCUUGUGGAUGAACUGCGUCAUGCAGAGCACGGGACAGAUGCAGUGUAAAGUUCAAGACUCAAUCAUGCGACUGACCCAGGACUUGCAAGCGGCACGAGCGCUGAUCAUCAUCGCAAUAGUGAUCGGCAUCGUUGGGGUGCUUUUGACAUUUGUUGGGGGGCAGUGCAGUAGUUGCCUGAAGAGGGAAUCCUCCAUGGCCAAAGUGCUGAUCCUGGGUGGCAUCCUCUGCAUCAUAGCUGGAGUAAUCUGUCUUAUCCCAACUGCGUGGUCCGCAAGCUAUACCAUUUCCGAUUUCCAGAACGUUCUCACCAUCGAGACCCAGAAGAGAGAGCUUGGAGCAUCCAUAUACAUUGGCUGGGGCGCCUCAGGGUGUCUUAUGUUGGGAGGGAUCAUUCUGUGUACUUCCUGUCCACCAACAGAAGAUAUGUACCCAAAUUACCCAGGCAUGUACCCCUACCAAGGGCCUAUGUAUGGGCCUCCUGGAUCUUAUAUGCCUCCCAAAACAUACGCACCUAGUGUUGUAUACACUGGAACAGGGACAUAUGUUCCUAACAAACCUUAUCCAGCACCGGCUGCUUACUCAGCUGUUCCAGGACAAUAUCUUUAACAAACUGACCAAUGUUUUGGACUGAUACCAUACUGCUUCCAAACUUAUUUUGAAUGAAAUCUGGAUUUACAUCAGUGCUUUGUUUUGUAAAAUGUAUACACCCAACAGUGAUAUCUUAUUCUUUGCUUGCCUUUGAAUAGAGAUGAUUUUGUUUGUUCUCUUUUCCUAUCAUACAAGUUGCUCUAAUCCAAUGUAUAUAGUGAUUAGGUGAUUUGUGUGUGUGUGUACAGUUGUGGUCUUCACUUUCUGCUCAUCAAGCUUCUUUGAUGGAAAUUAAUUUAAAAAAAAAAAAAAAAAACAUGAAAUAUAUGUUCAUAUGUGGUUAUAUAAGAUCACAUUCUUGUAUACUGUAUAUAUGCAACAUAUAUGUUAAAUAUAUUUUGUAGUAUUUUAAAAAAUAUUUUCCACAAGAAAAACUAGUCAGAUUUGAAUAUGUACAUACAGUAUAUGCUCAACCAUAUGAACUUUAUACUUUAUACAAUAUAUCAGAUUUCUGUAUUGAGAAUGUAACAUUGAUUAUUGCACCACAGAAGGGGAAUAUUUUGUCAAUAAAUAUCUCUCUCUCUAUUUU